AUGCUGAGUUUUUCUGCGGUGGCUGGACCUAAUGGGAGUGGAAAGAGCAACCUAGACGGAGGGGAAGCUAUUGGGUACUUUUGGUGUUUCUCUGCCGUAGUUGGACCUAAUGGGAGUGGAAAAAGCAAUGUGAUAGAUGCAAUGCUGUUUGUAUUUGGGAAAAGAGCUAAGCAGAUGCGUCUCAACAAAGUGUCAGAACUAAUUCACAACUCAACCAAUCACCAGAACUUGGAUAGUGCUGGAGUUUCUGUACAGUUUGAAGAGAUUAUCGAUUUGCUAGAGGUUGUGGCGCGAGAGGGCGCAGAGCUAGAGGCCGUGGAGGCCGGGGCCGAGAUUGUGGACUUCGGCGGAUUCGGGAGAGAGUGUGGUGCCGAGUGUGGCGACUGCGUCGGUGACCCAGUCGUUAUUGGCUCGUUUUCCGCCAGUGGUUCCACAGGGGCUCCGGGAGUACCUCCAGUGGCAGAGGUGCAGCAGAGGGCUGCAGGGUUGUUCAGCCGCAGGCUGUGGGUUUGGGGUGCCGCCCUAUUUGGAUAUGAUGGGGCACAUGCAGAGGAUUGGUACGCCGUACUUUGA